AUGUCAACAUCAAUUGAAACAACUCCAAUCGGUAUGGAUCUUGGAACAACAUACUCGUGUGUUGCUGUCUGGUUUGAUCAACACAACCGAGUUGAGAUCCUUCCUAAUGAACAGGGAAACAAAAUCACCCAAUCAUGUGUGGCAUGUAACGACACUGAAUAUUUAGUAGGUGAGGGAGCCAAAAAUCAAAUCACCAAGAACCCCACUAACACCGUGUUUGAUGUUAAGCGUAUGAUGGGACGAAGAUUCAACGAUGUUAAAUUGCAGAAUGACAUACAAUCAUGGCCUAUUAAGGUAAUCGAAGGACCUGAUGAUAAGCCAAUGAUUAUGCUCGGACACAUGGGUAUAAACAAGGAGUUUUCACCUGAAGAAAUAUCCUCCAUGAUUCUAAAGAAGUUGAAAGAGGCUGCUGAGGCAUAUCUCGGAACAACUGUUAGAGACGCGGUGAUUACCGUCCCUGCAUAUUUCAGUGACAAACAACGACAAGCAACAAAGGAUGCUGGAAUGCUAGCCGAUCUUAAUGUUAUGUGUUUGAUCAGUGAGCCCACAUCAGCUGCAAUCGCGUACGGUUUAGACAAGAUUAUGGACCCAAACCACCCACAACAUAAAAAUGUCUUUGUCUUUGAUUUAGGUGGGGGGACAUUAGACGUGUCACUUCUCACCAUCAAUAGGGAUGGAACCAUAAGUGUUAAAGCGGUGGGGGGUGACACGCAUUUGGGAGGAGAGGAUUUUGACAAGGCCAUGGUUAAUUAUUGUGUACACGAAUUUAAGAAAAGACAAAAGAAAGAUAUUAGUAAAAAUGCAAGAGCAAUGGGGAGAUUGAAAAUUGCAUGUGAGAAAGCAAAGAGGGAUUUGUCUUCAACAACCGAAACUUCGAUUGACAUUGAUUGCUUGUACGAUGGAUUUGAUUUUUCAAUGAAGGUCACCCGGGCAAAAUUUGAGGAUCUGAAUGCUGGCUUUUUUAACAAGUGCAUCGAGCAUGUUGAAAAUUGUUUAAAAGAUGGGAAUAUGCACAAAAAUAAUGUUGAUGAUAUAGUUCUUGUUGGUGGGUCGACUAGGAUUCCCAAGGUGCAACAACUUCUAGGGGAGUUUUUUGACUGGAAGCCACUUUGCAAGAGUAUAAAUGCGGAUGAAGCUGUUGCAUAUGGUGCAGCAGUGUUGGCCGCAAACUUAAGUGGUAAUGGUAACAAAGUUGUGAAGGACAUAAUACUUUUAGACGUAACUCCUUUGUCCCUUGGUAUUAGUGUCACAAAAGAAGAAUAUAUGGAUGCCAUAAUCCCAAGGAACACACCAAUACCUAUCAUGAAGGAGUGUUUCUAUUCUACAACGGAGGUCAACCAAGUAACCAUGCAAGUCGGUAUUUUAUGGAUAUUUUUACAUUGCAUUUGCUAUGAUUUGUGGAAACAUGAGAACUUGCUAAGGUUUUAUGGAACUUAA